AUGAAGAGAGAGAGAGAGAAGAAGAGUGUUACUCAGGAGCUGGCAGAGAAGAAGGGAAUUGAGGCCUUGUUCAGGUCUCAAAUGUACUCCAUGAUUCAGAAUAUUGAGAAGGCAGCCCUGCUCUCUGAGCAUGUCAAUCUGCUUACUGCUGGGGUGAAACCCAAGACAGCAGACCAGGAAAUAUGGGAUUUUGAGAUGCAGGUUGACCUGGCUGAGAGAGAGCAGUGA